AUGUCGAAACCCGGCGGCAUGGUCUACACGGAAAACCGGCCGUCUUCAUCUUUGGAAGACUUCGAUAUCGACGACGAACAUAAGGAGCCUCUGCUCCCCGGCACCGCGGCGGUGUCACACAAAAGGAGGCAGGGGACACUCGUCGCCUGGCUCCGAGGAAGGCCGCGGUCGUUGCUGAGAAGGUUCCGCCGUCAACCUCGGUCUCUUUCUCGGCUCCUCCUCCGCUAUACCUUCCUGCUCAUCCUCUUUGUUCUCACCGCGACACCGAUAUUCUUUCCCUCGUAUACGCGCCAUCCGAAACACUACAAGGAUCUGAGGAAGAGGUGCUUGGUAUCGGACAGCUUGUCCGGCUGCGCGAACCUACAGAAUGAAAAGGUCUUCAUCGCUGUCAGCUUGUUCGACCCGGAUGGAAAGAUUGCUGGGGGAGAGUGGGCAAAGAACGUUUUGGAUCUGGUACACAUGAUUGGAGAGGACAACACGUUUCUCAGCAUCUACGAGAACGACAGCGGCGACCCGGGCACGGCAGCGCUGGAGGAGUUUAAGAAGAACGUGCCGUGCAAGCACAAGCUUGUUAGCGAGGGCCAGGUCGAUUACAGCGCUUUCCCUCAUGUGACCCUGCCCGAUGGGUCGCAGAGACUGAAGCGUCUGGCGUACUUGUCGGAAAUGCGCAACCGCGCACUCUACCCGCUGGACCAAACGGACGCCAAUGGAGGCAUUGUCAAGUACGACAGGAUCCUAUUCCUCAAUGACGCGCUCUUCGCCCCGGUCGACGCCGCUCACCUGCUAUUCAACACCAACGCCGGCGAAGAUGGGCGGGCUCACUAUCUUUCGGCGUGCUCGAUCGAUUACGACUGGAACCCGUUCCUCGAGUACGAUCUCUACGCACAGCGCGACGCCCAAGGGUACUCGAACGGCAUCCCGAUCUUCCCCUACUUCACCGGCGAGGGCAAAGGUAUUUCGCGCAAGGCUAUGGUCUCGCAGAAGGACGCCGUUCCGGUCAAGAGUUGCUGGGGCGGCAUGGUGGCGAUGCAGGCGAAAUGGGUUCAGAACAUGGACAGCAAGCUGCCGACCAAAGACUGGCAGGCUGUGGCGCACCACGUCAUCAACCCGGACCACCCACACAACGUGACGGCGCCGGUGCGCUUCCGGUACGAGCCCGAGGUCUACUUUGACGCCUGCGAAUGCUGCCUGUUCCUCGCGGACGUGACGACCGUCGCGGACAAGGCCGGCGAGCCUGAUAUGGGUGUGUUCGUGAACCCCUACGUGCGCGUGGCAUACCGCAAGAGGACACAGCGCCUUGAGCAGGUGAUCCGCCGCUGGGAGCGGCUCAUGGCCCUCCCCCAGGCCAUCAUUACCCACUUUUCCAGGUUCCCGACGCCCAACCCGCACCGGGAAGUCGUCGAGGGUCAGCGGUUCAAGGAGGAAAUCUACCAGCGCCGCGAAGGGUGGAAGAUGGUUGAGCGGACGGGCCGCAACGGCAUGUUCUGUGGCGUGCGGGAGAUGCAGCUCAUCAAGGAGGGGCCACGCAACGGGCGCAACUGGGAGAACCACUACGGCAUCCCGUGGAAGGAGCAGACGUUGAACUUCCCCAUCUGA